CUCCAGAAUUACUCAGUGCUUCAUUGUGCUCCACCUUGUCCUCCUUCCUCUGCAAACCUAGAAAACUGCACUGGUUUUUAGGGUUGAUUAAAAGGCUUGAGUCGAAGAAGGCUGUAGCUCCACCUCCUUGGCCAGUGUCUUGAGGAAUGACAAACCGAAGCCAUGACCAACACUGAAGACCAGUAUCUGCUCUUCCUGGAGAUACUCAGUGAAAGUGAUAACACAACUGACCUGAGCUAUGUCGUCAGUAAUACUGUCCAGCUCUGUUCAAAAAAGACUGUCAACCAGUUUGGUGCGAGAUUCAUCCCAGUUUUCUACUAUGUCAACUUUCUCCUGAGUUACCUUGGCAACGGGCUUGUCCUCUUCAUCAUCUAUAAGUAUGAGAAGCUCAACACAGUCACAAACAUCUUCCUCCUGAAUUUGGUCCUCUCCAACAUUCUUUUUGCCUUCAGUCUCCCCUUCUGGGCAACGUACCAUCUGUCUGAGUGGAUAUUUGGCAUGGCAUUGUGUAAGAUGGUCAGCAGCGCCUACUUCAUUGGCUUCUACAGCUCCAUUCUCUUCCUCACACUCAUGACAUUUGACCGGUACCUUGCAGUAGUGCAUGCAGUGGCAGCUGCCAAAAGCAGGAAAAGGGCAUAUGCCAUCAUUGCAUCAGUGACAGUUUGGUGCAUCAGUAUUGUGGCAAGUGUGAAAGAGCUGGUUCUCCAAAAUGUGUGGAAGAGUCCAUUCAAUGGACUGAUGUGUGAUGAGUCAGGAUACCCUGAGGACACCAUGGAACGCUGGCGUCUGGUCAGUUACUACCAACAAUUCCUGCUUUUCUUCCUUCUCCCUCUGUUCAUGGUGAUGUACUGCUAUAUCAGCAUCACCGUCCGCAUCCUGUCCACCCGCAUGAAGGAGAAAUGCCGCGCCAUCAAACUAAUAUUUGUCAUCAUCUUCACCUUCUUCGCCUGCUGGACGCCCUACAAUAUCGUCAUCCUCCUUCGAGCUAUUCAGAUCUCAAGCAAGAGUGAGGAGUAUGACUCAUGUUCUGACUCUGAGAGUUUGGACUAUGCACUGUAUGUGACCCGAAACAUAGCCUAUUUGUAUUGUUGCAUUAGUCCUGUGUUUUAUACAUUUGUGGGAAAGAAAUUCCAGAGUCAUUUCAAAAGGCUGAUGGCAACAAAGAUCCCCUGUUUGAAGAGACACAUUAGCCUUAGCAGCCAGAGUACCAGAACCACAUCACAGAGGACACCACAUUCUGCUUAUGAGUAAUAGACAGAUAGACAGAGACAGACAAACAGACAGACACACACACACACACACACACACAAUCACAUACACAGUAAAAAUACCAAUUUAUAGUAUUUGGCAAUAGUAGGGACUGCAAGUUGUUUUAGAACAGUAUUUAGAAAUAUAAAAAUAUAUAUAUAUCAAAAAAAUGAAAUUGUGACAACAAACAAUUAUUUUGUCUUGCUCCAGAAAAAUGAAUCCUGUUACCUAUACUCUUAAACUGAAUUAGCUCAUUACAAGAUGAGUGUUGUACAUUUUACCAUAGUACAUACAGUACUUAGCAUGUAAUGUAUUUGUGUAUUCUUGAGAAAUCAUUCUGAUUUGAAAAAUGUUUUGUGAUGAAGGUUUGUUAUGUGUCUUUUAUACAUGCCUUCUGAGGCAUAGUGCUACCAUAGUUAAAUCAAAAUCAAGGAAAAAAGUGAUCAAAAUAAAGCUUGUUUUGUCAACUGCUGUGUCCAAAAUCAGCAUCUUCAGGUAGCUGAUUAGUAAAGUUUAGAGUUUUAGUGGUUUGAAAAUCCCAACAUUCCUCCUCUCUCCAGAGGAAAGCAAUAGCUACUAGUGCACAGCUGCAAAGUGAUUCUGCUGUUGAUCAUACAUAGAAGGCUAGACUACCAACCAUGGACUGCUGGCAACUCAAGGGCCCCUAAAACCGCUUUGUCCACAUUUAAUUUUAAUGGGAUUAACUGGAAAUACCCUUAGAGUAGCUCUCAGUCCCUAGCCCAUUGGUUCCUAAUGAAGGCAUAAACCUAUUAAAAAUGCUCACAAAUAGAUAUUAGAAUUUAAAAAAAAAGAUUCUGUUCAGUAACUUUCAAUGUCACAUGAGAAUUGAAGCAGACCUGCAGCAGCCCAGUGAAGGACAUAUUUAGAAGCUAAUGUGAAGUGAUUGUUAAAAGUUGCUUUUCUUGAGGAACUUUAAGUAGUUUCAGUUUCUAUGUGUGGUUUAAUGAUUUUUGCAUCAACUUUGGACCUGCUCCUGGUUCAGCCCUUAUACUCAGUGUCCACUUUUGUUGAUUCAAUGUUUAAUGCAAAGUGCAUGUGUAGAAAUGUGAUGCAUUUGACACAUCUUGUCUAAGUGCUUUAAAAAGAACUGUAUCUUAACUAUCCAAUAAAUAUACCAAUCAAACUGUA